UGCAGGCAAAGGGCGACUGCUUGGAAUUUCCGGGUAUCUGAAGCCAUGAAGUAUCUCUGGCUACUGCUGUUGUGUGUUUUCUCAGUUCAAACUCAAGCUGCCGACGAUGACUACGAUGAUGCGGAUGCCUUGGAUGCCCGUGGCCAUCGACCGAUUGACAGGAGAAAGGAAAAUGCUCCUAGCCUAAGACCUGCCCCUCCUCCUAUCACUGGAGGAGGUGGCUAUCGACCCCGUCCACCCAAGGUUGAUUCCAGCAAGAAAAAAGUGGAGAGAAGACCUCCUGAUGCCGGAGGCUGUCUUCAUGCUGACCCAGACCUGGGAGUGUUGUGUCCUACAGGGUGUCAGCUGCAAAAGACUUUGAUAAACCAGGAAAGGCCAAUCAAGACCAGUGUUGCUGAGUUAAACAGCAACAUCCAGUCUGUCUCUGAGACUUCCUCUACCACCUUUCAGUACCUGACCCUCCUGAAAGACAUGUGGAAUAAGAAGCAGGCACAAAUGAAAGAUAAUGAAAAUGUCAUAAGCGAGUAUUCCUCUAUUCUGGAAGACCAGAGGUUAUAUAUUGAUGAGACCGUGAAUGAUAAUAUCCCCCUUAAUCUCCGUGUGCUCCGCUCCAUCCUGGAGAACCUGAGAAGCAAGAUACAAAAAUUAGAGUCUGACAUCUCAGCUCAGAUGGAGUACUGCCGCACUCCAUGCACCGUCAGCUGCAAUAUCCCUGUGGUGUCCGGGAAAGAGUGUGAGGAGAUCAUUAGGAAAGGAGGCGAGACAUCAGAGAUGUACCUCAUUCAGCCUGACACCUCCAUCAAGCCGUACAGAGUAUACUGCGACAUGAAAACAGAAAACGGAGGAUGGACAGUCAUCCAGAACCGUCAGGAUGGCAGCGUCGAUUUUGGCAGGAGAUGGGAUCCAUACAAAAAAGGAUUUGGAAAUAUUGCAACCAAUGAAGAUUCGAAGAAGUACUGUGGUUUGCCAGGUGAAUAUUGGCUUGGGAAUGAUAAGAUCAGCCAGCUUACAAAGAUGGGACCCACAGAACUUCUAAUCGAAAUGGAAGACUGGAAAGGUGACAAAGUGAAGGCACUUUAUGGAGGCUUCACAGUGCAGAGUGAGGCUAGCAAGUACCAACUCUCAGUGAACAAGUACAAAGGGACCGCUGGCAACGCCCUCAUGGAUGGAGCCUCUCAGCUUGUGGGGGAAAACCGAACCAUGACCAUUCACAACGGCAUGUUCUUCAGCACUUAUGACAGGGACAAUGACGGCUGGUUAACUACAGACUCAAGAAAUCAGUGUUCAAAAGAAGAUGGCGGUGGAUGGUGGUAUAACAGAUGCCACGCAGCCAAUCCGAAUGGCAGAUACUACUGGGGUGGUGUUUACAGCUGGGACAUGUCCAAACAUGGCACAGAUGAUGGUAUGGUGUGGAUGAACUGGAAGGGAUCGUGGUACUCAAUGAGGAAGAUGUCUAUGAAGAUCAGACCUUUCUUCCCACAGCAAUAGUCCCCCAGACACAGAC